GAGAGAUUCGAUGCUACUGUGAUGCUGCUCACUGUGUGGCAACGGGUUACAUGUGUAAGUCUGAGCUGAAUGCCUGCUUCUCCAGACUUCUCGACCCUCAGAACACCAAUUCUCCACUCACUCAUGGCUGCUUGGACUCACUUGCCAGCACAGCAGACAUCUGCCGAGCCAAACAGGCCCAAAACCACUCUGGCCCCGCCAUGCCCACGUUGGAAUGCUGUCAUGAAGACAUGUGCAAUUACCGAGGGCUGCAUGAUGUCCUCUCUCCUCCCAAGAGUGAAGCCUCAGGACAAGGAAACCGGUACCAGCAUGACAGUAGCAGAAAUCUCAUCACUAAGGUGCAGGAGCUGACUUCCUCCAAAGAACUGUGGUUCCGAGCUGCAGUGAUAGCAGUCCCCAUUGCUGGUGGGCUGAUUUUAGUGUUGCUCAUUAUGUUGGCUUUGCGAAUGCUCCGAAGUGAGAACAAGAGACUGCAGGAUCAGCGGCAACAGAUGCUCUCUCGUUUGCACUACAGCUUUCACGGACACCAUUCCAAGAAGGGUCAGGUUGCGAAGUUGGACUUGGAGUGCAUGGUGCCCGUCAGUGGGCAGGAGAACUGUUGUCUGACCUGUGACAAAAUGAGGCAAGCAGAGCUCAGUAAUGAGAAGAUCCUUUCCCUCGUGCACUGGGGUAUGUAUAGUGGUCAUGGGAAGCUGGAAUUCGUAUGACAGAGUCAUAUCUGAACUGUAAACUGAACCCUUGAAGGCCUUCUGAGUUCUGCUGGACAGGAGCACUUUUAUCGAGACAAACUAACUCGCUUAGUCAUUUUGGAGAGACCAAAUGACCUCUGCAAAGAGAAUCUUGGGUAUUUCUUCUGAAGGAUUAUUUGCACAGACUCAAAUACAGUCAAAUGGAUUAAUUUGCUUUAAAAUUAUAAAAAGCAAAGAGAGGACUCUGCACACACUUUCCCAGGGCUCUUUGUAUCCCAGGGAGCCACGACUGACCGAAAUAAACAGUUGUGCUCUCUGUAAGCUCCUACAUCUUCAUUUAUUGUAAAGAUUUUUUAAAAUAUAUAUAUUUUUGUCCGAAAA